UGUCUGUCUCUAAAGAAAAGUAAACGUAUGAGAAGCGAAAACAUGACACUAUGUCAGAAAUAUGAUAGUAUUUUGCAGCCACUGAAAUGGUCUGAAGUUGGUUUAAUAGCUAGCAAUUUCCUGUCAAAUUCAGUGUUCCAUCAUGGCGCGAAUAUUGUGGUACCCCAGCCAGUUAAAUGAAACGAGUCCUCUUCUGCUCAAAAAAAUACAUUAAAAGCUUGGCCAUGUAGACUUGUCUUGAAGUACUAUACCAAUAGUUUUAAGUUGUAGUUAUUAGUCGUAUGUACGGGAUACACAUAGUAUAACGUUACAUAAUGUCCAACGAAAUGCUUGCAGGUGUCUUCUCGACAAUGCAAUACAAAAUAACAAAGAUAAGUAUACGGCAUAAAGUAAAAUGCUCAGUAGAAUAUAAUAUUUUUUAGCAUCAGUAUUGCACAGGAAAGCACAAUUUAUAGUCCGAUAUUUACACGUAUUUUGGGGAAGGGGAUUUGUGAGGAAGUGUUUUAAAUUGUGCAGUAUUUAGCGAGCAAUCAUACGAGUCUGGUAGUAGCAGUUGUGACGUGUGUGUGUGUAUGUAGCAUGAUUGUAUAGGUGGGUAUGUGGCUAAUGGUUAAACCACAAUGUCCAUAUUUUUUUUACAGCACAGUACUCCCCAACCCUUCCAUCUGGCGUUGAUGUCUUCCCCCCUGCCCUCGUUUAGACUGAAUACUGGGGCUCAGAUGCCCCUCCUGGGACUAGGAACAUACAGGCUGCAAGGUAAGCAAAUGCACCUGAGUGUUGACGCUGCACUCGGGGAAGGGUAUCGUGCCUUUGACACUGCUGCGGUGUACGGCAAUGAAGCAGACUUGGGCCACGCCCUGUUGGACCUGAUGCCCAAACACAACCUGACCAGAGCAGACAUCUUUCUCAUCAGUAAGCUGUCCCCAGCGGACAUGGGCUCGAAGGCCAGAGAGGGCUGUGCUCGUAGCCUGGAGAGGCUGGGGCUAGGGGGAUACAUUGACUUGUACCUCAUCCACUGGCCUGGAACUGAGGGUCUGGAACCAGAAGAUGAGAGGAAUGCACAGCAUCGAGCCCACAGCUGGACUGUCAUGGAGGAGCUCCAUACCAAUGGUAUGCUCAGAGCAAUUGGGGUCUCAAACUAUUCUCCUAGGCACCUGAUAGAGCUGCUGGAGACCUGCAGGGUGCGCCCUGCCGUGCUGCAGGUGGAGUUCCAUCCUAGACUGGCACAGAAGGAGCUGAGGGUCAUUUGCAGGGACUCGGGAGUCUGCUUCCAGGCGUAUUCAUCCCUGGGGAAAGGUGCCCUGUUGUCGGAACCAGAAGUUGUUGCUAUGGCGGAGGGGCAUGGCAGAACUGCCUCCCAGGUGCUUUUGAGGUGGGCCAUUCAGCAGGGUGUGGCUGUGUUACCCAGGUCCACACGGCCCAAGAGGGUGAGAGAAAAUGGUCAGGUGUUUGACUUUGACCUGGAUGAAGGGGGAAUGGCGAGACUGUCUGACAUGGACAGUGGAAAAAGGUUCUGCAAAAGAGAUCCCACUAAUGUGGUCUAGAGGAGAGAGCCCCACAACAAUAUACUUGAUCAGUCAUAGAACAUUGUGUUAAAUGUAAUUCUGAACUACAAACGAACCUAUAAUGAAAUGUAACGUUUCAUUUACCAUAUUUAUGUUUAAGUCAUAGUUCCUUGAUUCUUGAACAAAUGUUAGGCCAAUCGGUUAGUUUAAAUAAAGACCUAUCCUAAUGCAUGUUAAAAUGCUUAAUAUGAAUUACUUCAACAAAGAUUUGCAAAAAACAAGUCACGUUUUAAUAAGCAAUGUUCAAACAUUUAAUCUGUUACAUAACAUAACAAAUAUUUACAAAUAGUUAUCGUUUUUUUAUGAAAAAAAUAAAUAUAAAAAUGUUAAACCACACAAAUUUUCAAGUAGAAUAUCAGUUUUAACUGAUGGCAGUGGAUGACUCCUACUAUUGUUUAUACAUCAGAUUGCCAUAUUUCUUGCUUAACAGUAUUCCCGAAUAUUUGCAUAUAAGGUGGUUGAGAAGGCUGCGUAUGGCCUGGAUUGUAAAUAUUUACAUACCAGUAUGCACACUAUACAAUUGAAAAAAUAUACUGAAUAAAUUAAAUACUAUUGCAAAUGAAAGAAGAUAAUGAAAUGUAAUGCAUCUAAGUUUAAGAACAAUACCAAAAUAAACUUAGUGUAUCAGUUAAGUAUGUAUGAAGAUAAUUGAACAUCUACUUUUACGUUUUUGGCAAUACCCUGACUUGAAAUAGGUGCCUGUCCAUCUAAGUCUACGUAAAUCUACUCAUUCUAUCGCACACUGGAGUUACAUGUGCCUAUGUCAAGUCAGAAUGCACUAAUGUUUUUGCAGAUAAAGGCAUUUAAUAGGCUAGCAUCUAUAAUAAAACGUUUUGUACAACA